AUGGCUACUGAUUCCAAAUUGAGUCUGAAGUUGUUGAUUGACCCCAAGGCUAAAAAAGUGCUAUUUGCUGAGACUGAAAAGGAUUGUGUUGAUUUUCUAUUUCACAUUCUCUCAUUGCCUGUGAGCACUGUCAUUAGGCUUCUCAAGACGAAAGGAAUGAACUAUGGUUGCCUGCCUAACCUCUACGAAAGCGUAGAAAAUCUACAUGAUACAUAUAUUCAGUCGAACCAAGGCAAGGACAUCCUCUUAAAGCCCAAAACUCCAGUUGGGAUCUAUUCUGUUCCUUUUCUAGCACUUAAUGACGUUCCAGCACAAAAGACAAUUUAUGGAUGUGUUAAAAGUACUUAUUACUUUCCGCCGCUCUUAUUUAUGUUACCGAUGACCCUAAUUCUCUAUGUCCAAGUUGUGGCAACAGAGGCUGUGGCUUCUACUGGCACGGGUUUUGUGAAGGAGGCUGUGAAGUACAUGGUGAUGGAUGAUUUGGUCGUUGAGCCCAUCUCUGUUGUAUCUAGCAUUACCGCUCUUAACAAGUACUUUAAUGUCAAGGAUGCGCUGAAGUUGCUAAAGGCAUCGUUUGAGUCGAAAACAGUUCUGACAAGUGUCUUCAUGAGCAAUGCAAACAGGAGAAGAGCUUUGUAA